UCCCGGCCUCACGAUCUCACCUCCUUCCCCCGUGCACCACAAACCCGCGCAACCCCAAUCCACCAGCUGAUAUAUACACUGACGCCCGCCUCGACGUCCUUGAUCUUCCCCUUAUCUGAUCGGAUCCUCGCUUGGACAUGGCGUCGCCCAUGCUCUCCACGGCCAUGGCGCCACUCCAGACUGCCAUCAUCUGUUCUGUACAGGGGAGCGGCUUGUUGGAGUUCUCCGGGCUGAGGAGCUCCUCGUCGCUGCCGCUGCGGCGGAAUGCCACCUCGGAGGACUUCAUGUCCGCGGUCUCCUUCAGGACAUACGCGGUCGGCACGAGCGGCAGCGGGUCGCGGCGGGCGCCGACGGAGGCGAAGCUGAAGGUGGCGAUCAACGGGUUCGGGCGCAUCGGGCGCAACUUCCUCCGCUGCUGGCACGGGCGCGGCGACAGCUCGCCGCUGGACGUGAUCGCCAUCAACGACACCGGAGGCGUGAAGCAGGCGUCCCACCUGCUCAAGUACGACUCCACGCUGGGCAUCUUCGACGCGGACGUCAAGCCCGUGGGCGACAACGCCAUCUCCGUGGACGGGAAGGUGAUCAAGGUGGUUUCUGACCGGAACCCGUCCAACCUGCCGUGGGGCGAGAUGGGCAUCGACCUCGUCAUCGAGGGCACUGGGGUGUUCGUGGACCGCGACGGCGCCGGCAAGCAUCUCGAGGCCGGCGCCAAGAAGGUGCUCAUCACGGCGCCCGGCAAGGGCGACAUCCCCACCUACGUCGUGGGCGUCAAUGCCGAGCUCUACUCCCACUCCGACACCAUCAUCAGCAACGCCUCCUGCACCACCAACUGCCUCGCCCCCUUCGUCAAGGUCCUCGACCAGAAGUUCGGCAUCAUCAAGGGGACGAUGACGACCACCCACUCGUACACGGGUGACCAGAGGCUGCUGGACGCGAGCCACCGGGACCUGCGCCGGGCCCGUGCGGCCGCGCUCAACAUCGUGCCGACAUCGACCGGCGCGGCCAAGGCCGUGGCGCUGGUGCUGCCGAACCUCAAGGGGAAGCUCAACGGGAUCGCGCUCCGGGUGCCCACCCCGAACGUGUCCGUGGUGGACCUGGUGGUGCAGGUCUCCAAGAAGACCCUGGCCGAGGAAGUGAACGCCGCGUUCCGCGACGCCGCCGCCAACGAGCUCAAGGGCAUCCUCGACGUCUGCGACGAGCCGCUCGUGUCCGUCGACUUCAGGUGCUCCGACGUCUCCUCCACCAUCGACGCCUCGCUCAGCAUGGUCAUGGGCGACGACAUGGUCAAGGUCAUCGCCUGGUACGACAACGAGUGGGGGUACUCGCAGAGGGUCGUCGACCUCGCAGACAUCGUUGCCAACCAAUGGAAGUGAUAUCGAUGAAACGGCAUUGCCCUGUGACUAGCUCCUCUGGAAAUUUUCCCCGGCCGCAUCCUCCUCCGCCGCCUCGGACGAUCGAUUCUUUGUAAUGAGAAUUCGAAGUAUCGAACUCGAUCCCAACAGUUUUUUCUUUUCUUUUCUUUUUUCCUUCUUUCUUUCUCUGAUUUUUCAGUGUCCAGACACGGAUUAUAAUAGACUCCCCACAAAGGGAGUCUCAACGGUGUGCAUCUGUAAUAUAUACUAUCGUUUGCCAGGGUUCUGAUGUAGAAUUCAACUCGCUGAUUCGAACCCUUUUCGAUCA